CAGCGGGGACGGGCGAUGACUUCUCUGGUGUGGGGGUGGCGGAGGGAAGACGCGUCUCAGGUUUCGGCGUGGGUGCCCGACGCCGCGGGGAGACGGGCAGCGAUGCCGCGCAGGACCCCGGCUACAAAAGACCCCACAGCUGUAGAGAGAGCCAACUUGUUAAACAUGGCUAAACUGAGUAUCAAAGGACUCAUUGAAUCUGCCCUAAGCUUUGGCCGCACUUUGGAUUCUGACUAUCCCCCCUUGCAGCAGUUCUUUGUUGUUAUGGAGCAUUGUCUGAAACACGGUCUUAAAGUAAGAAAAUCAUUUUUGAGUUACAACAAAACUAUCUGGGGCCCUUUGGAAUUGGUGGAGAAGUUAUACCCAGAAGCAGAGGAAAUAGGAGCCAGUGUCCGGGAUUUACCUGGUCUUAAGACCCCCCUGGGUCGUGCAAGAGCAUGGCUUCGCUUAGCCCUCAUGCAAAAAAAGAUGGCUGAUUACCUUCGUUGCUUAAUUAUUCAAAGGGAUCUCUUGAGUGAAUUCUAUGAGUAUCAUGCACUGAUGAUGGAAGAAGAAGGAGCAGUAAUUGUUGGGCUGUUGGUUGGCCUAAAUGUGAUAGAUGCUAAUCUGUGUGUAAAGGGAGAGGAUUUAGACUCACAGGUCGGAGUGAUUGAUUUUUCCAUGUAUUUAAAGAAUGAAGAAGAUAUUGGAAAUAAAGAAAGGAAUGUUCAAAUUACUGCCAUAUUAGACCAGAAGAAUUAUGUUGAAGAAUUAAAUAGACAACUGAACAGCACAGUCAGCAGUCUCCAUUCAAGAGUUGACUCAUUAGAAAAGUCAAAUACAAAGCUGAUUGAAGAGUUAGCAAUAGCAAAGAAUAAUAUUAUUAAACUCCAAGAGGAAAAUCAUCAAUUACGAAGUGAAAAUAAAUUGAUUUUAAUGAAAACACAGCAGCAACUAGAAGUUACCAAAGUGGAUGUGGAAACUGAGCUUCAAACAUAUAAGCAUUCUCGGCAGGGGCUAGAUGAAAUGUACAAUGAAGCCAGAAGGCAGCUUCGAGAUGAAUCUCAGUUACGACAGGAUGUGGAAAAUGAGCUAGCUGUACAAGUUAGUAUGAAACAUGAGAUUGAACUUGCCAUGAAAUUGUUGGAGAAAGAUAUCCAUGAGAAACAAGAUACCCUGAUAGGCCUUCGACAACAGCUAGAGGAAGUUAAAGCAAUUAAUAUAGAGAUGUAUCAAAAAUUGCAGGGUUCCGAAGAUGGUUUGAAAGAAAAAAAUGAAAUAAUUGCCCGACUAGAGGAAAAAACCAAUAAUAUUACUGUAGCCAUGAGGCAGUUGGAACAGAGAUUGCAGCAAGCAGAGAAGGCGCAAAUGGAAGCUGAAGAUGAGGACAAGAAAUAUCUACAAGAGUGUCAGAGUAAAUCCAACAGUCUGCAGAAACAAAUCUCCCAAAAGGAGAAACAGCUGGUGCAACUGGAAACCGAUUUGAAGAUUGAGAAGGAAUGGAGGCAGACUUUGCAGGAAGAUCUUCAAAAGGAGAAAGAUGCCUUAUCUCAUCUUAGAAAUGAGACCCAACAAAUCAUUAGUCUUAAAAAAGAGUUCCUUAACCUCCAGGAGGAAAAUCAGCAGUUGAGAAAAGUAUAUCAUGAACAGGAACAAGCUCUUCAGGAACUUGGCAACAAACUUAGCGAAUCAAAACUUAAAAUAGAAGAUAUAAAAGAAGCCAACAAAGCAUUGCAGGGACUGGUUUGGUUGAAAGACAAAGAAGCAACACAUUGUAAGCUUUGUGAAAAGGAAUUCUCUCUCUCCAAGAGAAAGCACCACUGUAGAAACUGUGGGGAAAUUUUCUGUAAUGCUUGCUCUGACAAUGAACUGCCUUUGCCUUCUUCACCAAAGCCUGUACGGGUUUGUGAUUCCUGUCACGCAUUGCUGAUUCAGAGAUGCUCAUCUAACUUGCCGUAAGAUGCCAGAACUAAAAUCCUUAUUGUAUGAAAGUACCUACGAUGAAUGUUAUAUAUGAACAUAUAUACAUCUUAAGACACUUCUUAAGCAGCUUUCAGCCAGUAUUUGUAAGUUUUAUCUUCCACAUAUUCAUGGGAAUUAGAAGUUGUAUAAUUUGAUAUUUCCUCUCCAUUCAAAGAAUUUUCAACAGGGCAUGCUUUAAAAUAAAUUUAGCUUACUUCAUGUAACAAUCAUGUAACUCUUAAUGAAAAUGAAAGGCCAGAUAGCAUAGCUAACACAUUUGCCUUAUUUUUUAAAGGCCUUCUUAAAAAUAGGGCUUCAGAUUUAUUCUCCAGGUUGUCGUUGGUAUUUGUGGUGCCUGUAAUUUUCUUAAUGCACUUAAAGCUUUAUGGUUCUCAGAGAAAGACUGGAAAUACAUAAACUUUUUAUUAUAAGUAUUAAUAUUCCAAUUCAGAUUUUCCAUUAGCUUGGUAUGAUUUCAUGUUGACUUUAUUUGCCCAUUUUCCAUUAGAAAAGGCCAAUAUUUUAUCCUGUACAAUUUCCUUUUGGUCUUUCUCCUAAAAUCAAUGUACUUGCUGAUAGUAGAUAAAAGAGAUAUUGCUUCAGCUUUUUCCUUAUUUUGAAAGGAAGUUAAACCAUCAUCCUUUUAUCCUGUUGCUACUUGCAGAUUUUUCUAACUUUUAAGAAGCAUUAAUUACAUUGUAGUAGUCUACUAUUGCAGUAUAUGAAUAAAUGAUUCACCAUAUACUGAGCACUCUAAGCCAGGGUCUUUAGUAGAUGAAUAUAUAGUCUCAGCCCUGCCAUGAAAUACAUACUUGAAAUCAUUUCAGUAAACACUAAUCUUGUUAUAUAGCACACUAAGAAUUUAAUCUGUAAAGUUACCUUUAAUCACUUGAAUGGCACUACCACUCGGGACCUACUUUUCCCCUUUUAGUCCAAUUUCAGCUACUCACUAAGCCUGUGAACCUUUCAAACAGUGAAUCAUGGCCAUCACCCCACCCUCUAAAGAUGGGGUUAUUCUGCAGAAUCCUUUCCUCAGUGAAGUACAUAUUUUAACUUUUGAAAUUAUUAAAACGUUUUAUUUGAAGAUUUUCUCCAUAACCUAAUUCGGUGUCUUCAUUUAGAAUCGAUGAGGUUUUUAGGUGGUCUUUCUCAAAUGCUGACAGAAAUGUUAUCAAGAAGUAUGUAUAUAUUCUUGAACUGUUUUGUAUUGAGAUGGGAUAACAUUUUUAUGAUUGCUGAAAAUAAGCAAAAAUGAGAAACUUCAAAUACUAAAAGUAUUUUAUUACUGUGCUUAGAACAAAUUUUAAAAUGUCAUUUUUUUGUUUAAAUUCCAAGGCUGGUUUCAUUCAACCAACCAUGAAUUUUAUCCCCUUUUAAAUUCUUUGCCAUUCAACUCAUGUGUCACCAUUGAUUUGGGCUUUUUGUAGGCAAGCUUUUGACAGCAAUAUAACUUGCUUUUAAAAAUUCUCGCUUAAAAAACAACAUAGUAAUUUGGGAUUUCGUGAUUAUGAACCUAUACUUUCACUUUUCAAGUAAGAUCUGCCCUCACUGAAAGUAUCUUAAUAAACUUCACAUACCAUUCCCUCAUCUAGCUGUCAUGGUGCCAAGGAAUUGUGAUUGUGUUUCUUUUACCCUGCAAUGUUUUAAAAUGUGAGUUUUAUAGACUAAAUAAAAGAUUUGAAAAAUUA